CAGGAGAGGUCUCAAAAGAACAAUCAGUGUAGAAACAGAAAGAACAAGAAUGAAGCAGACGAGACAGAGGCUUAAAUAACAUGAACGGAGAGAGACGGAGACACAGAAGAAACAAUGGAAAAACCAACUGAGAGACAGACCCAAAGACAUCAAAAGCUCAAUUGAAACAAAAGAAAUACAUUCAGGAAGAGAGUGACCAGUUACAGGACUCAUCUUACCCAGAGGGAGACCAAACCGUGAUGGACUAUGAACCCAAGAAAUCCAAGAAGAGUUUUGUCUCGCCUAUUAAGCGGCUGGUCUGGUCAAAAUCUGGUCGCAGACAGGCGGACCGAGGCAGCACAUACCGGCGCCCGCUGCACACCGUCCCUCUUUACCCCCCCGACUACCUCAUCCACCCUGAGAGGCUGAUCUUUGACUAUGUAGAGAAGGAGGUCAAGCUCCUCGGUCACCUGACCUGGGUGUCAGUUUCACUGAACCCCUCAAGCCGAGACGAGCUGCUGCAACUCCUGGACACAGCUAGGCAGUUGAAGGUGCUGCCGUUGAAGACCAGCGUGGAUCAGGACUGUAUUCUGAGUCUGUCGGCGCGCUGUCUGCUGCUGACAUGGAGAGACAACGAGAAGCUGCUGGUGAGGAUUCCCACACACGAGAUCGCUGCUGCCUCCUACCUGAGGGACGACGCGCUGCACCUGGUGGUCCUCAAGACAGGUCUGAACGUAGACACAGUGGUUGCAGGGGACGACAGUCUGGACAGGAAAAAGCCAACAGGCGUAGAUAGCCGACGUCAAACCAUGAGCUGCAAUGCCGAACCUCGACCUGCAGGGGGCACAAUGGAGCGACGGCACACAAUCUGUGGAGUCGACUGGAGGCCUUCUUUAUCCAGGAGUAACCACGACAAAAAUCAAAAUGUGGACAGGGGGGGAGGAGGAGGGGGAGGGGGAGGAGGAGGUGGAGGAAGUGGAGGAGGAGAAAGAGGAGGAGGAGGCAGUUUAGAGAGGAAGAGAGUUGGAGGUAGCUGGGAGAGGAGGCAGCAGACACGUAAAACAGGAGGGAGUUUAGAGAACCGCAGAGCAAGACCCAUGAGCGGGAGCUGGGGUGUGGGAGUAGGAGGUGGAGGUAGCUGGGAGAAAAGGCAUGGGGGAGGAGGUGGUGGAGGAGGUGGGAGCUGGGAGAGGAGGGGAGGUGGUGGCGGGGGGAGCUGGGAGCGACGGCAGGCCUGCACAGGAAGUUGGGAAAGAGGGAAGAGCUAUGGCAGUUGGGAGAGGAGGAACCAUAACCCUCUGGAGCCGACUCCCUGCCCAGACGCCUACUGCAACCUGGUCAUCCUGGCUGUGGAGAACAGGGAAGCUGCAGAGGAGUACUGUUCUCUGAUCUGUCAGAUGUUCCAGAUCAUUUACGGUCAUCAGACCAUCGAGUGUGUUGACAGAGCCGGCUUUCAUCACACAGUGCCAGACCGUUACUGGCUACAGAGGAGUGACAGCUGUCUGACUGACGUGUCCUACAGUUAUGAUCCAGAGUUUAGCUGCUGCAGCUCAUAUGAUGGUUCCCAGGAAGCCUUUGAGCUGUACUACAGCGAGACAUACAGUGAGAGCUCGUCUCUCUCUCUGCAGGACUCCCAUCGCAGUCUCGCUUCAGCCAGUGACGGAGGAGACACUAACCCCGCCCUGCUGCUGAUGCAGGAGUACAUGAUCACUCUACGUAAUAAGCUGAGUCCUGUGGAGUUGCAGCAAUUUGCGGUAUUGCUGAGAGAAUACAGGCUGGGAUCAAACAUCGACCACUUCUGCUCCGAGCUGCUGCAGCUUUAUGGAGACAACCGCAAAUUUUUGCUGAUGGGCAUGCGUCCAUUCAUCCCAGACAAGGAUGUUGGGGUGUUUGAGAGUUUCCUGGAGAGCAUCGGGAUCAGGGAGGGAGGCAUUUUAACCGACAGCUUCGGACGCAUCAAGCGAAGCAUGAGCAACACGUCGGCUACGGCCAUGAGAGGCAGGUAUGAUAAUGGCUCUCUGGCUUCAGGAUCUCACGAAUUCAAUCGACGCAUUACAGACAUCACACACGACAUCCAGGCGCUCGGCUUCCAGGACACACAUGGAGACAUCGAGGAGGAAGAUUACUACCUCUGAUGGAGGGAGACUUUGAUACUUUGUUGAAUUCAGACAGUUUUCAAACUCUCUGCAAGAUCAGGGCAGCUCAUUUUCUCUAUUGGUAGACAAUAAACUUUAAAUAUAAAUUGUGUGACAGUUGCACACAUCUUAAUGUUGAUAUUUUAAAUGCAAUUCCUGCUCAAUGCACAGAAAAUACAGUACAACAAAGAAAACCAAGCUGUAUUUAUUCAAUUAAACUCAAUUAAUAUAAAAACGGUUCCUUUUCAAUGUAUCAUACAGUAGGGCAAGAUAUAUGAUUAAACACAUCAGCCAUGAUUUAAUUACAUUUUUACAAAUCUGCCUCAACACCUUACUUUCUGUAGGGGUUGUAAUACCUAAAACUGUCCACAUGGAGGCAAUUAAAGACAAAAUAUCUAUUAUCCUCUUUGCUACUGAGUAAAAAGUCUCAUUAUGAGGCAGACAUUGGAGUUUAAAAAGGAUUUAAAUAAAUAUUUGGAUCCAGAUAGAUGGAUAGUACAUAGAUAACUAGAUGAAAGUGAUAGAAAUGAUGUGAAAAAUCUAAAAUCUCUCCCUCCCUCUAUUGUGUCCCCCGUUUUCUCUCUCCCAAUGCUGCAUUGACCCAUUAUCGUGGCAUCACCACUUCCCAUGGUGCACUGCUUCUGUGUUGCCCCCCGGUCCUCUCCUCUGCCAGCUUAACUGAACAUCACAGAGGGGGAGUCAGUUAACCCGUGGGCUUCACCCGAGUCAUCUUAGUCAGCUCGCCCUCAUUAUGUAACAGACUAGACGCUGUGUGCAUUUGUUUUUAAAUGGACUUAUCAUGAACAGAGUACAAUUCACCAGCAGCUGACGAAUCACUAUAAACAUGCCAGAGGUUUUCCAAAGAUGGUUUUAACCUUGUGACCAGGCAUAUGAAUCGCAGGCAUAGCAAAUAAAAAGCAUUUUUAAAAACAGUUAUGUACAUGGAGAGUCCUGGUUGAGACAAGAGGCUGUAAGAUAAAGAGAGAAAUCCCAGACAUUCAAAAUAGUAAAUUGAUAGUUUUUGACAAUUAUUUUUGUCAGACUGUAGCUAUUUCUUGUUCUGAUUCAAGGUCAAAGGUUGUGUGUGUGCGGGGGGGGUUGAGUUAUUCUUAGUUGUUGAAAUAUAAUAUGAAUGUUUUACAUGAAAUGCUUUAUAGUUUGUAAUUGAAAUGUUUGUGUUUAUGUUUAAAAUGAAUUAAGAUUUUUGAAUUAGAUCAACUUUAUUGUGGAGGUUUUUAUAUGAACAUAGCGAGGGUGAGGUUUCUGGUCUGGUUAAUUGGUGACUAUAAAUUGCUCGUAGAUGUAAAGUAAGUGUGAAUUGUUAUGUGUCAUUCCUUUUGUUGCCUGGCGACCUGUUCAAUUCUGAGUUUGGGGAAGUGGAAAUAAAGUACAAUUCCUCUUAA